UCCAUAAGAAUUAUCAGAAAAAUGAAAUCUAGAAACCAUUCCAUUUCAGCUGUUUCAGAAUUUCUUCUCCUUGGGCUAACUGAUGAUCCUCAGCUCCAGCAGCUUAUCUUCAUUCUGUUCCUAUGCAUAUAUCUGGUCACUGUACUAGGAAACCUGCUCAUCAUCUUGGCUGUCAUCUCUGACAUACAUCUGCAUACACCUAUGUACUUUUUUCUCUGUAGUCUUUCCAUUAAUGACAUUUGUUUAAGCACAAACACAAUACCAAAGAUGCUCAUAAACCUCAUAACUCAGAAUCAAAGCAUAUCUUACACAUCUUGUCUUAUACAAGUCUGGUUUGUGUUGGUUUUCACUGGACUGGAAAACUGUCUCCUUGCUGUGAUGGCCUAUGAUCGCUAUGUGGCCAUUUGUCACCCUCUGAGGUACUCCACAAUCAUGAACCCUUUUUGGUGUCUCCUGAUGGUUUUAUUCUCUCUGGUCCUUAGCUUUAUGUUUGGUCUCUUGCACACUCUGAUGGUUUUACACUUGUCUUUCUGUACUGACAUUAAAAUACCUCAUUUCUUCUGUGAACUUGCUCAACUACUUAAACUUGCAUGCUCUGAUACAUUCAUUAAUGACAUCUUGGUAUAUUUUGCAUCAUGUGUAUUUGGUGGCAUUCCUAUCUCUGGGAUAAUUUUUUCUUACACUCACAUUGUAUCAACAGUUAUAAGAAUGCCAUCAAUAGGGAGAAGAUAUAAAACAUUUUCCACCUGUGGCUCUCACCUGUCAGUUGUCUCACUGUUUUAUGGUACAAUUUUGGGUGUGUACAUCAGUUCUGCAGUGACUAACUCUCCUGAAAAGACUGUAGUGGCUUCAGUGAUGUAUUCUGUAGUCCCUCAGAUGCUGAACCCUUUUAUCUACAGUCUGAGAAACAAAGACAUGAAAGAAGCCCUGAGGAAAUUAAGCUCAAGUGUUUGGGUUGCUUUACGAUGGCAUUCAAAUUCCAUUAAAAGAUAA